ACAUGAAAACACAUAUUGCCUGUAAAAUAAGUUUGCUGUUGCUCAUGGUGCUGAAAGAAUCUAUCUGCAAUCCAAGAAUAAAAAGAUCGAACAACGUGGAUAAUUUCAACGUCCUGUUAAACAUUUACAAAAUGAAUCCUUUAAAACGUUCUGAUGUAUACAAAAAGUUUUCUAAUCAAAUACUUUUACCUCGAUCGGAAGGCGCGACAGGCGACUUGAAUUUUAAUUCAAUCGAAAGUAGCAAGGAAAUACAAAAUAGGACGAAGAAAUCAAACGAAAUCGCAAUACGAAGAACUAAUGCAAAUCAAUAUUUAAAUAAUUUAAACCAUCCUGAUUUGGCAAACACUAUCAUCAAAAGAGAUUCAGUUCAUCGUAUCGAAAUAAGAAAAGAAAAAGACGCGCCAAUUCCUGAAGAUAAUGAAAAACAAAUGCCUGCAACUAGAUUAUUCCCUGUGCAUAUUAUUCGUAAAUUUAAAGAGCAUUUUCAUUCAUUUGAUAAUGGAGACAGGAUGAUAGAUUUACAGGACAAUGAAAUCGAUGGUGGCCAAGACGCUGAUACCGUUGUAAUGAAGUAAAUUUAAAUGUACAUGAGAUGAAUUUUGUUGUGCGGUGAAUUUAAAUGUAAACUUUAGAUAUUUAGCUACUAAAUAAUGUGAUGUAUUCAGCAUUUUGAUAUCUAUUUAGAUUUCGAAUGACGAGCCAAACAUUUU